CUCCCAGCAAACACCCGACGUUGACACAACGUUGGAUCAACGUUGAAAUUUGGUCGCGACGUCGGCGACCUUCAUAUAACGUUGAACCAACGUUGAAACCCCGACGUCUAACAAACGUUUCAUUUUGACGUCGUAUCGACGUCGGAAUUGGUCGGUAAUCUGACAAUAUGUGACUUUAAUUAUAAAUAAUUGAUGAAACCCAAUAUAUUUAAAUCAAAUCAUUAACAGCGAGAAAUUGUGUUCUGUUUUGAAAGGAAAAAAUUAUACAUUUAUCUCCCCGUCAAAACAAGAACAUGGUCACGUGGGUGGCGUUCCCAUGCGAUAUUCGCAAGGUGGCGCUCUGUAAACGGAUAGCCGCAGAUCAGUAUAAAAGAUAUGUGCUCUGUCUUCUUUGUACAUGAUAAAAUAUUUCUGUGAGGAAGUUUAAAAAGCGUUUUUACUAAUUAACGAUUCGGUUGUUCCAUAUUUGUGGGCUUAUUUUAUUCGUGGUAAAUAAUUAAGUGCAUUCGAAUUUUCGGAUUUGAAAUUCAAUUUUUUGGCGGACAAGUGUACACGCGGAGAAUCGACAGACAAAGAGUUGCAGAUCUAGACUUCUAUAUUGGAAAAAAAAGAAAGCAGAAUGUGGGUAAGAGCAGUGUGGAUGGAGGGUGACAGGGAAGAAGAGGGUGUUGUACCGGAAACAUGGAUUAAAGGUGGUUACCUUUUCUGGCCACCUGGAGUUGAUGCACGGAAAGCUCGUGAAAAGAAGAUUUCACCACAGAGCACAUGGAGAAAAUUUGAACUUAUAAAAAUUAAGUGCAAAUCUGCAAAUAUGAAAGAGUGUGAGAACUACGACCAAACCACAACUGUGGAAAGUUCAGAAGAAGAAGAUGAUGAUAUUAUUAAAAGAAAAAGAAAAAAGAAGACAUAUGAAGAUUUUGUGACAGGACACGAAUCAUCUCAUUUAUCUGAGGAAUGUCAUGGUGAGAGGCCUGGAAAAAAGCAGAAGGCAUUGCCUGAUGAAGUACAUCUCCCUGAUCCUCCAAAGAAGGUGACUGGAAGAAUUGAGGAUAAAUCUACAGCUAAAACUGGAGAACGAGCAAGAUCAAGCUCAGAUUCCUUUAAUCUAUCACAAACAGUGUCAGCGUCCAAAAGGUCACGGUCAAUUUCUUCAGGUGAUUCAGACUUACAGAUCCACUCUGUUCGUUCACGGUCUGUAUCACCUACUUGUUUUACUUCUCAGUCUGUUGGUUCUAAAUCAAGAUCCAGGUCAAGGUCCUCUGAAAUGUCAAGACCACUUAGUCUUUCUAGACGGAGUGGAAAUUCAGAGUCGGUUAGAGAAUCUCCUGUCUUACACAGGUCUCGAUCAAGGUCAGCAAACAAAAAUCAAUCCCGGUCAAGAUCCCCAAAUACAUUGAGAAAGAGAACCUAUGUUGAGCAUUUUGGUUCAAAAUCAAGAUCCCGGUCUAGAUCCUCUGAAAUGUCAAGACCACUUAGUCUAUCCAGAGGGGGUGGAAAUUCAGAGUCGGUUAGAGAAUCUCUCAGACAUAGGUCAAGAUCAAGGUCAAAAAACAAAACACGAUCCCGGUCUAAAUACCCAAAUGCAUCGAGAAGUAGGAGAUCAAGAUCAAAUUCUAUUGAAAGGUCAUAUUCUCAGCCUUCUUCGAGAUUGGUCAGGUCCAGGUCAAGCUCUCAAGAGCGUUUUGAGAGAUAUGCACAGAGGCAUUCAUACCAUUCUUUUUCACAGCCCCUGGAAAGGUCACGGUCCAGGUCCUAUGAUAGGAUAAGGCAUAGUUCUCCAAUAAAAGAGAGAACUGCAGAAUCAUCAACAAGGUCACAAAAACUAUGUCGAACAGACUCUCAAAGAAAACGGUCUGUGUCCCCUUUAAGGAGUCCAAUGAAUCCCAGGUCAAAAACUCCAACUGUUUGUGAUGGACAAAGAUCUGAGUUAUAUAGACCUGCAAAGGAAGAUGGAAGCAAAUUUCCAAUGCCUGAAGGAAGAUUCCAGAGAAGAGUGCUUUUUUUGUUGAGUGACUUAAAAAGUGAAAUUUUGUCACUUAAACACGAAAAAAGAAGAAGUGAAAGUGACAUUGGAAGCGGUGAAAUUCAUCAAGCAGAAACAAUGGAGGAAUUUAAAGAACUGGAAGAAAAAAUUAAAGUUCCAGAACAAAGGGUUAAAAUGGUGAAAACUCUAUCAACAAUCGGAGGUUUGAACAUGAGAGACAAUGUCAGGAAAAUAAUGGAUAGGUUGAUGUCGAAUGAAUUGAUGUCAAAAUACAAUAUGAAUGGUAACAAACAUAAGAUGUCAUUUAAGGCUUCAUCUGUUUGUGGACUUGUUAAAUCUAGCGUGAUGAGAUCACAGGUUGGAGACGGUCAAGUUUCAAAUAUAACGGAGCAUGAUGUUGAAAAUGCUAUUAUGGUAUGUCUGAAGUAUGCACCAGAUCGCCGUGGUGGAGGCGGACGCAAGAAGAAUGUAAAUUUAGAUUCAUGAACAUUAGUUUUCUGGAAAUACAAAGACAAAAAUAAUAAUUACAUCUAACAGUGGUUAGGUUUUUCAAUCUGAUGUAGUAAAGUUGGAGAUUUUUUGCAAACAUUGUAAUCAAAUAAAUGUUUUAGUGACUGAGUUACCAAUUUAAACUUGUGUGAAAAAGGAGUAAAGUGCAAUUUUUUUGGUAAUAGUUUUGAAAUACUGAGGGGUAAGUGACAUCAAGAUUGAAAACAGUUAAAUUGUAAUCAAAUAAAUGUUUUAGUGAC